AUGUAUGAGGAACUAAAAGAAACGUUCGUCGCGAAUUUGGGGGAGUGGGAAUGGGACGAAUCAUGGAAAUUGUUCUCAGAACUUGAUCCAGAAUUCUUCAAGGCCAGUGUGAGAUUAAAGGCCGUUCCAAAAAACAGCAGGCACCUUUCGCCCAAGGUCCAAAGUUUCAUUGCGUUGGCCGUCAACUCUUCAUCAACACACCUGUACGCGGCAGGUGUUAAGGCGAACAUCAAGGAAGCUUUGGCUAAUGGGGCCACAGGCGCAGAAAUCAAAGAAGUCAUCCAGCUUACAUCUACGCUCGGCAUACACGCGUGCAACGUCGGUGUCCCUACGUUAGUAGAAGUUAUGAAGGAGGAAGGGCUGUACGAUAGUCACCCAACGGCAGGAAAACCUUUGGACGCUUCAAAGCUUCAGUUGCAGGAAGACUUCACUCGGAAGCGUGGCUACUGGCAUAGUUUCUGGGAAGAAUUUCUUGCAUUGGAUCCGGACUUCUUCGCAGCAUACACCAGCUUUUCCUCAGUUCCAUGGCUUCCUGAUGACCCAAAGAACGAAAAUUUAGGUGUACUAGAACCGAAAGUCAAAGAACUGAUAUACUGCGCAUUCGAUGCCGCCGCCACGCACCUGUAUCGUCCAGGACUGAAAGAGCAUAUGAGGAAUGCGCUGCGGUAUGGAGCGGCUGUGGAAGAAAUACUGGAGGUUCUUGAAAUUGCGUCACAGCUAAGCAUUCACACAGCUAAUCUAGCUUAUCCAAUACUUGCUGAGGAGCUCAAAAGUAAGCGAUGA